GACGAAACAUUUACAAUUACAUCCCGUCGGUGAAGAAGAAAAGAGGUUACACGUGUUUACCGUUCAGUCAGACGUACUUUGAAUAAUUGUUUAAAAUUUGGAUUUUGGAACCUUUAAGUGGAAUAAAAACUCGUGAAAAUGCCGAAGGUUAAGGCAGAGAAGAAAAGCAGGCAGCACCAAGAGGUUAAAAACCAAGGAAUCAUGUUCAACACUGGCAUCGGUCAGCACAUCCUGAAGAAUCCACUGGUUGUCAAUGGGAUCAUUGAGAAGGCUGCUCUGAGGCCGACAGAUGUGGUUCUGGAGGUGGGGCCCGGUACUGGCAACAUGACUGUUAAACUGCUGGAAAAAGCAAAGAAGGUGGUGGCCUGUGAGUUGGACUGCAGACUGGUGGCUGAACUUCAGAAGAGAGUUCAGUGCACGCCCUUACAGACCAAACUUCAAAUAUUAAUUGGAGAUGUGUUAAAGACAGAUCUGCCUUUCUUUGACGUCUGUGUGGCUAAUUUACCUUACCAGAUUUCAUCACCGUUUGUCUUCAAGCUGCUGCUGCACCGGCCUUUCUUCAGGUGUGCCGUGUUGAUGUUCCAAAGAGAGUUUGCAAUGCGACUGGUUGCCAAACCUGGAGACAAACUUUACUGCAGACUGUCCAUCAACACACAGCUUCUGUCUCGUGUGGACCAUCUCAUGAAGGUUGGGAAGAAUAAUUUCCGUCCUCCUCCUAAAGUGGAAUCAAGUGUCGUCAGGAUAGAACCGAAAAAUCCUCCUCCUCCAGUUAACUUCCAGGAGUGGGACGGUCUUGUCAGAAUAGCCUUCGUAAGGAAAAACAAAACCCUCAGUGCAGCUUUCAAGUCCACUGCGGUGGAACAGCUGCUGGAGAAGAACUACAGAAUCCACUGUUCUGUUCACAACGUGGAAGUCCCAGCCGACUUCAGCAUCAGCAAGAAAAUUGAGAGUGUUUUACAGGAGGCUGAUUUCAGUGAGAAGAGAGCCAGGUCCAUGGACAUCGAUGACUUCAUGGUGCUGCUGCAUGCGUUCAACUCUGCAGGAAUCCACUUCUCCUAGACAGCAGAGGGAGCUGACGAGAACAGCUUCAUCACUUCUCACUUUAUAAUGACAAGGACAAGCUGGUAGUCAAAAGAACAUUAGUCUGACUGAUGUUUCCCCUUUUGGAUUACCACCUGAAGGAACUGAAUUUCAAACGUUGAAACAAGUGGUUGAAUAUACAGAGUAUUAGAGAUAUUUAAACUGCUCAUAUUGAGUGCAUUUUUACAUCAGUAAAAUGUAUGAAGUGUCACCGCCAUGCAUGAUCAGAUGGAAGCUUGGGCUGCAAUCCAGAUUGUACUUUUUUUUUUUUUUUUAAAUGCUCCGAUCUGCUUGAAACUCUACAUGUGUGAUCAGAGACCAAUCUUGAUCACAUCCAUAGGCCAAAAUACACUCUCAGUCACAGCAUCACCUGGUGGAUGGAUAGGAAAAGCUCUAUGACUAGCCUGUACAUGCUCCAAUCUGCCUGAAAUUUUACAGUGUGAUCCGAGUCCAAUCCUGAUGAUAUCCACAGCCCGACAUGCACUCUCGGUCGAAACGCCACCUGGUGGACAUGUAUGGACUCGCUGACCAGCAAGAAUGCGAGAACCCGUCCAACGCUGCUUGCAGCUUUAAUUGCUUUUACUUUUUCACUCCAUUAAGAGGCUGCUAUUAGUUUCAGGAGCCCGGCCAGAUGGAUUAUCGGCCCCGGCUCACAGCAGCAGUGUCGCUAAUGAGAGUAAAAUAACAACAGCAAGUGUGAGAAAAAGCUCACAGCUGAGCGGCAAGUGUGGAGGUACAGAACACCUGGCACUGUGUGGAAAUCAGGAGUUCAUAAUGCAAACUGCUGUUUUUUUUAAUCACCUGUUGAAAAUGGAGAAAAGGAAUGACAUAAAAAUGAACCUCCAAACCUUUGGCCUCACGUAGAUCAGGUGUGUUUGUUUACAGUAUUUCUAAGCUUCUGUUAAAGAGCAGCGACGGAACUUCGCUUUAAAUAUUGGCAGCCAUCGACUAUAUGCUGAAAAUAAGGCUGCUGCAUUGAGCAGUAAAGCCAAGAGCAGGGUCAUAUGCUAAAUGAGAGGAAGCUGGCACUAGACACCCAGGGGAAGCUUCCUCCUCUGCGUCCUCACCCCACCCCACCUUCAUGCCAAACAUCCGUGACCGAGGCCAAGAUCAAUAACACAGUUUAAAGAGGAUGGACUGUAAAUAGAGACGAUGGAUCCUGCCGAGGAGGAAGCUUUGACCACUGAUGGCCUCCAACUGGAGCGGCAGCAUCUGAUCAAGUCGAACGUUGAUGGCUGUCAGUUUGCACGACAGAUUUUUAGAUCGUGUCGUUGCAACUGUUGUGGAAAUCUGGAUGAGUCGCAGCAAAAACAGUCGAGGUUCAACAGGAUGGAUGGAUAGAUAGAUAGAUAGAAUCUUUAAUAAUCCUGAGGUAAAUUCAACGGAGCUUAACUGGUUUGUUUCACUGGCAAGACUGCUGAAAAAAAUGCAUGUAAAAGAAAAACUGCUGAGCUGAUACACUGAUUGAAUGGGUGAAGUCUCGGUAUAAUCCAUCCCUGCAGCGUAAAUCUGAGCAAAAUUUCUAUGUUUUUUUUGAAUGAGAAAACUAACCAGUUUUUACUCUUUUCUAUAAACCACAUUAGCAGAUAGCAUGUUGUCACCCAAGUGAAUAUUUCUUUGGUGAAAACAAAAGCAUUACUCACCCACAUUUACACAGUGUGCAUAUCAAAUGCAGCACUUGGGGGAAAUGCAGAAUGUGUUAGUCAUAAUUCUGCUCAUCUCACAUGUGUGACGGAUCACAUUUUAGUACAUAAACCGGCCCAUUACCACCUCUGUAAGUUAUAUGCAACAUCAGAAUGUGCUGAACCUGGAGCCGGCCAGCUGCUCGUAUUAAUCUGUAGGAGACAGAGUGAGGUGCACUGUGUGUGUGUGUGUGUGUGUGUGUGUGUGUUGCAGAGGCGGUGUUUCCCUUAGAGUGGGCGUGUGCAUGUGUGAAAGGUUGUGCCUGCUCACCUAUGGCACAGAUGGAGAGUCAGGGUCGGGCAUAGCCGUAUUUUUUGUUGAUCGCGUCUCAUUUUUCCAUACCCAAUUUUUUACAGUUAUAUGGUUUUUCAUGUCACGUUGUUCAUACUGCUGCGCUCUGAUAGCUUGUCUUUUUGUCCUGUGAUAAAUGCACCAAAAUGUAUCUGAGGAUCUGAGCGUAUUUGUGCCCAUAAAACUUCUUGCGCGUCGCAAAGGUUACGAACCCAGGACCUGACCUCACACUCUCAGCGGCUACGAGGCUUGGUAAGGGGAAGCCGCAACACAUCAAACAGCCCACUUCCCUUUAUGACACCAAGCAAAUAGUCAUAAAUGCUCUUAUCGGCCUUUCUAAUAGUGUGCACGUUACAGUCAGAUUCAUGGUGACGUAAACUAUUACAUUUCAUCUUUAUCACAUCCAGCGAUCACUUCUUUUUCACGGGCCUCGUUUAUAACGGCUGGACAGCUUGUUGCAUAAUGAAAUUCAAAGCGCUCUUAUCGACCAGGGAGAUCUCGCACUCCGUUUACGGUACUUACAUUUAUAUAUAUAUUUUGUAUUCCCACUACAGGCAAACAGGUUGGCACUUUCACCUUGCAGCAAGAUCCGGUUCGAAUCCCGGGGUGGGCCUGGGAUCUUUCUGCGUGGAGUUUGCAUGUCCUCCCUGUGCAUGCGUGGGUUUUCUCCGGGUACUCCGGCUUCCUCCCACAGUCCAAAAAUAUGCUGAGGUUAAUUGAUCACUCUAAAUUGCCCGUAGGUGUGAAUGUGAGUGUGCUUGUUUGUCUGUAUAUGUAGCCCUGUGACAGACUGGCGACCUGUCCAGGGUGUCCCCUGCCUUUGCUCAAGUCAACUGGGAUAGGCUCCAGCACCCCCCGCGACCCUAAUGAGGAUAAAGCGGUGUAUAGAGAAUGGAUGGAUGGAUGCACAGAACAUUUCAGAUUAUUUUACCACAGAUCAAGGGUACAGAUUGUUGUUGUUCACUGUGUAUUGGGUAGUACUCAUUUUGAUUUAGACUGAUUAGUAUACAGAAUCCUAUGCUGUUUAUGGUUUACUGCUGAGAACUAGUUGCUAAAAAUACAGAAUAUUAUUUCUUAUUUUAUGUGUGACAAUUGUCAGUAAACAUUCUAAUACGUGAAAAUUGA